GGAUUUUGGCGGAUGUUUUUGGAUUAACUUGUAUCCCUGAAAUAAAUUCCCUCUUUUCUAUCGUCGUCAUCCCACCUCCAAAAUUCAAUAUUCUGCAACUUGCAAUCUCUACAAAUAAUGUCAGUUAGGACCAACAGCGCAGCUUUUAUGGCGCAAGCUAUGAAUGCUGAUAAUCCUCACCGUGAAACAUUCCAUAGAUUCUUCGAGUGUUGGAUCUGCGAGCAGAAUUCGUACCUUGAAGAACUUGUCUCCGUCGCUAACAACCACAACCCGACCGAAAAUGACGACGCCGUUCUCAUUCCAUUGAUCGAGAGAGUUGUCAGGCAUUACGAGCAGUACUACCAGGCGAAAUCAAAUUGGGAGAAACGAGAUGCGAUUUCGAUGUUUUCGCCUACGUGGCGGAGCAAGCUGGAGGAUGCGUUUCUGUGGAUCGGAGGAUGGCGGCCGACGUUAGCAAUCCACCUUUUGUACUCGAAAUCAGGAAUUCAAUUAGAGGCUAAAAUCGGUGAUCUAAUUCGUGGAUUGAAGACUGGAGAUCUAGGAGAUUUGUCACCAAAGCAGAUGAAUCGAAUCGACGAAUUACAGAAGAAAAUCAUACAUCAAGAACGAGUAUUGAGUGAGAAAUACGCCAAGGAACAGGAGGCGGUGGCGGACCGGUCGAUGGUGGAGCUUUCUAACGUGGUGUCGGAAAUGAUCAGGACGGAAGACGGCGAAGUAGAUUCUGAGAAUGAGGAGAAAGUGGACUCAAUGUUGAAUUCGAAGAAGGAUAAUUUGGAGGAGUUGUUACACAUGGCGGAUGAUCUGAGACUGGAGACGUUGAAGACAGUUAUUGAGAUUCUAACACCGAUACAGGCAGUGUAUUUCUUGAUCGCGGCGGCGGAGCUGCAUCUCCGGUUACACGAGUGGGGGAAGAAAAAAGACGAAAACGGAACUGAAAAUGGUAGUGCGACUGGGACCCACAACCAUGGUAGCGAUUUGCAUGCUCAUGACGUUAGGGUUUGACCGUUCUAGCUUUAUAUUAUUUUUUUACAUUUUUUUGGCCCUUUUCUUUUAUUGUUUACUUUAAAAAGCUUAACUGGAAAAAGGUGUCAUUUGUAUUUUUAAAUUAAAAGUCUUAGGAAAAAUGAUUUUGGUCUUUUAGUUUUGGUAUCGAUCUAAAAUAUUUUAUAAUAAAAGUAAGAAUAUGUAUAUCUGCUGUCAAUUUAAUAUAAAAGUUAAUUUAAAUGUUUA